AUGGGAUCCAGCUGUGGAGUGAGGCAGGGGGCGGGAGGCAGAGCUAAAUCAAUUUUUUAAAAAAGUGGCGACACCAGUAGCGCCUCGGUCCACUUUGGGGAGGGGGGGGAGGUUGAGGGAAGUGUAUGACAUUGUGCGGGUGGGGGUCUUAGCUCACAGAGGGGGGUCAACGCUUUAAGGGUCGUCGAAUUGAAAGGAGCUGGGGAGGAAAUGAAAAACGCGCUCGGUGACAUACGUGGCUUCACGCUUUGCUCCUCUACAAGGAUGUUGGCAGCUCUGCUAUUUAUUUUGCUUUGUAUGCAGUCAGCACACAGCCAGACGUGCACAGAUGGCUUCAGAUACGACCGCAGAUCAAGACAGUGUAUGGAUGUGGAUGAGUGUCGGACCCUUCCAGACCCCUGCAGGGGGGACAUGCGUUGCGUCAACCAGAACGGGGGCUACCUGUGCCUGCCCCGCGGCCUCUACAAUCAGCCCUAUGGGCCCGAGCCCCCGCAGGUGCAGCAGCAGCCUGAAUCGGCAUAUCAGGGGGGCGGGGGCGGUGGGGGUGGCGCCGGCGCUGGCACUGGCACAUCUGCCAGCCAGCCGAACAGCUUCGUGCCGGCUCUCCCAAGGUCGGGCGAGCCCAGCUACCCGCAAGUGGGCUAUACUGUGCCGUGCAUCCUGGGCUAUGCGCUAGCGGAUGAUGGAACCUGCAAUGUAUUUUUCCAUCAAAUCUAA